AUGGUUGACAGCAAAUGCAUCCUCCUCUCAGGCGGCGCCAGAGGCAUCGGCCGCUGCAUGGCCCGCCACUUCCUCUCCAGAGGCCAUCGACUCUUCAUCCUGGACAUUGACGAGACAGAGCUCAAACACACGUGCGAGACUCACUUAGCCAAGUACAAGGACCACCUGUCCUACACACUUUGCGACCUGACCGAUACCGACGCCAUCCGCUCCGCCGUCAAACAAGCCGCGGACUUCUUCGGAGGCCACAUCGACGUCGUGAUCAAUAAUGGAGGUAUCGCCACUCCGAACUGGAAAAACGGAGCCACGAUGGAGAAUCCAGAAACUUUGAAACAGUUCCAGAUGUAUCUUGACACCAACUUGAGAGCACCCUUUGCCGUCGUGCAGGCCGCGAUCCCUUUCCUCAAGGUCGCGGGCGGUGCGGCGACGCACAAGGAGACGAGGCAGGCUUAUAUGGACAGUAAAGCUGAACGGGGGCUUACGGGGGCUGGGUCAUGUAUCAUCAACAUUUCUUCUUUCCGGGCGCAGAUGAGUGAUCCGAAUCAAGAGGGUUAUGCGGCGUCUAAGGCUGGGCAGAAUGGGCUCACGCAUAGUAUUGCUGUUUCGGCGAGUCAAUGGGGUAUUAGGGUGAAUUCUGUCUCGCCUGGACGCAUCAAGGCGACGUAUGAGAGUAAGGAGGGGGAUGAGAGUGGGAAGGGGUUGGAGUUUGAUGACAAGGAUUAUGAGCAGCAUUCUACCAAUCGUGCGGGUAAGCCGGAGGAUAUUGCGGAGGCAGUGGAGUACCUGAUUGGGGCAGGAUUUGUGACCGGGCAAGAUAUCACUGUGGAUGGUGGAGCGGUGAUCCAGAAGUAG